UGACAGAAGACAUCUGUUUACUGUUUUUCUAGGUUAUAUACUUUCUAUUUUGUCACAAUAAAAAAAUUAAUUUUAAGAGAUGCUAAUAAUUAAUUUGUUAUAAUGGAAGUAAGCCCAUUAUGUAUAAUUUUGGUAAAAUCAGACAGUAAAGGUGACAGAUUACUAUUUAGGUAUCCUUUUCAAACUCAACACAGCAAUGAACCUUCAGGAACUCGACGUAAAAAUCCUUAUACUCUUCCUGUAGUAGAUGAUUUGCUGCAGAGAAAUAACCAACCACAUUCUAAUAUUAAUAAAGAAAAUUUAACCGGAUUUACUGACGAAGUUCUUUCUUCCCUUUUUGCGGUUAAAACUGAAUUGUGUAACAGAAAGUUUGAGCUUAAAGUAAAUGAUGUAAGGUUUGUAAGUCACCCAACGAUACUUCAACUUAGAAACAAACAGGAAAAGGAGGAUGAGUCGGAGUCUGGUAUGUUAGUUAAUAUUGUGUUUGCUUUGCAAGCUUUGGCAAGUCACUCUGUUGUUAAAUGUUAUCAUGAUCUGAGUAAAAGAAUGGGAAUUGUUUUGAAGUAUGAAGAAAAAAGAUGUGGGUAUGUAACCGAGCAGACUCAGUUAAUGACUACAGCUCAUGAUGAUGGUUAUACCAGUGGUCCAGGUAGUGCUUUUAAAAUAAUUUUGGAAAAGUGUUCGUUAGCUGGUAAUAUUAAGAAAAUGUAUGAUGAUCUAUGUUCAACUGGAUUGGUUAGUUUGAGAAUAAAUAGAUGGAUACCGCUAAGUUUUUGUUUGCCACAAAAAGUUCAUCAAUGGCACAUGCGGGGCAAAAUUGUAGAGCCUGCUGACAUUGACAGGUGUUUAAAUGCUUUAAGACCGUAUCACAGUUUAUUACUUCUUCAUCCAUUACAACAAAUGAACGAUUUCACAUCUUUAGAUGGGUCUCCUUCUUUGGAUCGAAUGCUGUCACAAUAUUCUCCUUUAAAAAAUUUACAAACAUUAGCAUCUGAUUCUGACCUGACCCUAACACAUGUGUUUGAACUAACAGCUCAUUUAGUGUACUGGGCGAAAGCAACAGUGAUAUUUCCAGUAUGUUCAACGAAUAAAUAUAUCAUAUCUCCAAAUGCUCCCAUUCACAUUCAUUCACCACUCGUAGAUAAGUUUAGCGAAGCAUUUCCAGGCUUAAACUUAAUAAGAGUCAUCAGCGAAUUUUCAUUACCGACCUCUUUAGGACAAAAGUGCAAUCCGCUGUGUCACCCUACGCAACAGUCUCAACUGGUACAGACCAUUAUUUGGAUGCUACAACAUCACCUUUUAUUACAACUUCACACAUACAUUCAGUAUAUGCCCACUGAUAAUGGAUUAGUACUACAUAAAACUGAUAAUCAUAAGAAACAUUUGACAUCACCAUCACCCAGAAGUAGUACUGUAAUGUCAAAUUACCAAAUAACCCAUACAGAAAGAACUGAAUCGGAAAGUGGAGCAUCUAAUAUAUCAGAGGCGCCGGAACUGAUAACUAACAGAAAUAUUACGUUAGAGAAUGUUAGUUUUACCUCUACAGAAGACGAUAAACAAGACUACCAGGAGGAAUUACUUCUGGAUUUUCCCGAUGAAGAAAGAAGUUCUAUUUUCAAAAUUCCUGCCACAAAUACACCGGAGGACCUGAAACUAUUCGCCCGCUUAUGUAGAAAAGAAUACUUUCAAGGCAACCACCACGUGGAAGAAAUCAUGUACCUGGAAAACCUACGAAGGAGUCAAUUACUACAAUUGUUGGACAAGUUUAGGGACGUGCUGAUUACGUACGAGACGGAAGAUCCUGCUAUAGCAAUGUUUUCCUGCUCUUCAUAGCACACGAUGAAAUUCUAUUAUUGACUGGAUUUCAUUUGUGAGAUGGUGGUACAAAAUUAUUUGUCCAAUGUUAAAAAAUUAGUAGAUGCCGGUUAUGCUAUUUUGAAAUCCUUGUAACAUCUCUUAGGUCGCAUUGUACAUUUUAUUUAGUUACUGAAAACUAUUCUAGAAAAAAAUAUAUCUGGAAAUUAAAAACUAUUAAUUUAAAAUUAAAAUUUAUUUAGAGCCAUCGCAAAAAAUCGUAAUUAAGACAGGGUAUGAAAUUAUUUAAAAAUAAGGGAAAUAAAUGAAAGAAACAAAUAAAAAAUUAAGGUCGGCGAAAUGAGCUACUGAAGACGAUAUAUAGACAAUUGAAGCCAAAAAAUAAACUGGUAUGGACACCUGCAGAAAAUGAUGAUGACCGAAAGAGAUAAAAAAAUGGACUUCGCCAACUAGAAGAAAACAAGGGAGACCAAGAUGCCCCUAUACAGAAAAUGUCGAAGGUGCAAUGACAGUAGGAGAUUUAAAAACUGAAAAUGGAGUGAUAUAACUUUCCGAAAUUUUUGUUCUUUCUAAAAUUCUUCUAAAAUUCCUCAUUAAUUAUGGUUUUUUCAUUGGCUCGAUAAUAUUAUUUAUUGUUAUUUUAUUUUUCAAAUAUUCCACUUUUCAAUAAAUUCACACGUACUCGUCAGGAAUACAAAUGUUUGAAGGUAGAGUGGACCUUGUCAAAAGUACACCCUAUCGAUAUAACUUCGACAUUCCUUUAAUCAAAUAUUCCUUGAAAUGUAUAUAGAUAUCGAAGUGGAAUUGAAGCGAAAACAUGAAUGUGACUAUACUAAAAUCACAACCAAGAUGCAUUAGUAAUAAACAAUCAAAGACACGUUGAAUGCUACUAGGAGCACUCCCGAAUCAUUAUUUACUUACACAUUAUUUAGGAGUGCUCCUUGUAACAUUUAACGUGUCUAGGUUUGUUUAUUUCUAAUGCAUCUUGAUUGUGGUUUUAGUAUAGACUUAUUUUAUGUGAGAGAGAGAAUAUUGAAAGCAGAGAAAUACACUGAAUAUACCUUUAAUGAUAUCAAUAUAUUUCAAGGUCCUGGAAUCGUGGUAAUAUUUGGCUUUUAAUUCCUAGUUGUUUGUGAUUAUAGAUUUAUUUAUUUAUUUGUUGUAAUUGCAUUUUUAUACAUACCAAAUACUAAAAAAAAAUAUAUAUCGAUUUUUUAAAAAUAAAAGUUUUACAAAACU